AUGAUUCUUCCUCAAUGGAGGUUAAGCAAAAAACAACUAAACACGAUUUCAGAUUCUGACAGGUUACUCACCCAGUUACACAAAACACACAUAGAGCUCUCAAACAGCCAUAGCGUGAUCUCGUAUGGGAAAGCGUUUGGCGUUUCCUGCAAUAAAGCUGUUGUCCAAAUCGAGGAGUAUCGGAAAAGCCUUGGCUACACCCCCCUGCCAACCCGAGACUUGCGGGGUUUCGAGGAGGACCUCGAUAUGAUGCACUCUCAAGCUGAAUCGAUAAAGAGCAGAAUAACAGCUUUAAGCAGCCGGUUAUCCGGUAUGAUCAACGUGAUACAAGCUUAUUCCUUCCAUCUCCAGUCUUUCAAUCUCAUUGCCAAAAGAGACAGCAAAGUCAACGUCGCAAUCGCGAAACUACAGGCCAGGGAAAGUCGAACCGUAAAGGGGAUAUCUAUCCUAACUUUUUCAUUGCUUCCGGCAACGUUUCUUGCGAUACAAAAAUUCGUUAGUGUUUGUUGGAUCAGUACUAGGUUUUACAUUGUUCGUCUUCACUUGUUCUUAUAUUUACGGCCGUUGGCCCGAAAACUGGAAGUGGCACGAUGGCCAGACCCAGCUAUAAUGGACACGCUCAAUAUCCUGCCCUCGGCGUGGGUACACUGA